GUACUGACUAACAAAGAAUGCAACCUGAGCCACCAGGACGUGUCGUCAUUUCCAUUUUACAGACUCCAUUAUUACUACACCCACUCUGAGCACAGACCGUACCGCUUAAAUGUCCACAUUGCACGUCGAAAAUCUCUUCGCUGUCGCAGGGAAGGUAGUUCUCGUGACAGGAGGUUCUCGUGGGAUUGGGAAAAUGAUUGCCUCCGCAUUCGUGAGGAACGGUGCCAAGGUCUAUAUCUCGGCCCGUUCUGCGAAGGAAUGUCAGGCCACCGCAGAAGAACUCGGAUCCAGUGGCCCAGGUUCAUGCACCGCAAUCCCAGCUGAUAUGUCUAAAUUCUCUGAAGUGGAGCGGUUCGUGCAAGAACUCUCCGCGCGAGAAUCCGUUCUCAAUGUCCUCAUCAAUAACGCGGGGACAACAUGGGCAGAGCCUAUCGACCAAUACCCAGAUGAGGGGUUUUCAAAGGUCCUCACUCUGAAUCUGCAACGUGUGUUCACUCUGAUGCAAAAAUUGCUGCCAUUAUUACGUGCGGGCGCAGCUCAAGAUGGCAAGACAGGGGCCGUAUAUAAUGAUCCGGCACGUAUUAUCAAUAUUGGCUCGGUCGAGGGCAUCGGUGUGCCCGAUCAUGACACAUAUGCCUAUGCUGCUGCCAAGGCUGGUCUGCAUCACCUCAGUCGCCACCUCGCCGGCCGCCUUGGGCCCGAGGGCAUAGUCAGUAAUACCAUAGCCUGUGGUGCGUUCGAAAGCAAGAGUAAAUCCAUCAUGGUUCAUUUGUAUUUUUGUCGUUUCAUUGACUUGAAUCUUACAGUGACGGCCCAAUUUUUUGAAACUGCAGGGAACAUCAUCAUCAACCAGAUCCCGACGAAUCGCUUUGGUACGCCCGAGGACAUCGCAGGGGCCACGCUGUUCUUGGCAAGCAGGGCUGGUGCAUACGUGAACGGUGCGACCAUUGCCCUCGAUGGUGGCUUUCUUGUCAACAUGCCGAUGAGCAAACUGUAAGAAGGAACUCGACGUUAUAUGCCUUAUCAUUUCGCAUUCAGGAAAAUUAUGCACAAGUAACCUAACCACAUCCGGCCGGCAGAGUUCUGCAC